AUGCCCAACGUCCUUAUCACAGGCGGAGGGAGCCAAACCGGCACCUCGCUCGCGCACCUCCUCAAAUCAUCGCCAGACAUAUCCUACAACGUCCUCUUCACCUCCCGCUCAGGGAACCGCAUCCCACCGGGUUUCGAGUCCGUCAAACUAGACUGGCGCGACCCAUCCACCUUCUCCAACCCCUUCUCCAACGGAAAGACCUUCGACUACGUGUUCCUGUUGCCCCCUUCAGACGACCUCGAACCUAUCAAGACGCUCAAACCAUUCAUCAACCUCGCAAUCGAGCAUGGCGCGAAGAGGUUCCUGAUGAUCAGCGGCAGCGGGGCAGAUAAAGAGAACAACAUUGGAGGAUUUGGGAUGGUGCAGCGGUACUUUGAGGAGAAGGGCGUGGACUACUUUACGCUGAGACCCACUUUCUUCAUGGAGAGACACAACACCCCUGACCUGAUUAAAUUCGAAUACACAGAAAACUUCAAAUCCCUCUACAUCUCCUCCAUCCUCGCCAAAGACCAACUGGAAACGAUCGUUCCAACUGGAAAGAUCCCCUUCGUCUCGGUGGAGGAUAUCGCAGCCUGCGCCUACCAGGCUAUCAAGAACAAGCAGAACGAGAAGAAAGACGCCAUUAUCAUCGGACCUGAUCUCCUGAGCUACGACGAGGUCGCACACCUAAUGACCAAAACAUUCAACCGCAAAAUCACCCACGACGUCCUCACCAAGGACCAGCUCCUCACCAAAUACACAACAGAGAUGCACAUACCCCAAGACGUCGCACAUUGGCUCGUCGAGCUCGACAAAGCAGCGGAAGCAGGAUCUGAGGCCAACUGGCAUCUCCAGGAGAACAAGUACGUGGGGAAUGUCUCGUUCAAGGAAUGGCUUGAGAAGAACAAGGGUGCAUUCACACCGUAG